GAAGAAGAGAUAUGCGAGCAUUGGAAGAUAUGUCUUUUGUUGUGGUACUUCGAGGACGUCCGCGGUGUACUCUAGGGGACUCUGGGUGUAUAACAGGUGUACGAACUUGUUGUAUUCGUUUGUAUAUUUAUUGGCGGGAUGGACAGGGUGUGGUCAGUGUACCUGGAGCAGGAGGGCGUCAAUGGGGUGCGUGUGAACUGUUUUGUGGACUGCUUUCACCGCUCACUCGCAACGACCAUCCUGCCUCCGACGUCGCGAAUGAACUAACGGCGUUUAGAUGGACGGCUCGCCUUCACACUCUAGAACAUCCUCCGUAUACUCUCCCUCCAUCCAGUCUGCCGCUGCCUCCACCCGACACAUGCUUGCAGACAUGAACAACCAGAACAGUCCCCUCUCGCCCCCCAACGCUCCUUUCGCAUCCAGCAACAGCUACCGCUCUUUAUCUCCCAAAAACGACUCCCCCUUGAUGAUGAGCAACUCUGACAAGCAUCUCUCCGCUUCCCUCAGCAUCAAUUACCUCCCCAGCAAAUUCUCUGACAACAUCGUCACCAAGCGCAGAAAGGGUGCCAAAGGUUGGGAUGGCGUCAUUCCCAAGCAGGGCGGUGGUCGCGAGGCCUUCAAGAGCAACGAAGCACGCAUGCCUGGUGAGGGUGACGACGACUACGACGGUGUCUCCAGCGGAUGGUUUGGCGGCAGAGAGGGCGGCAGGACUCGUCCUCGGCUGCGCUGGAACAGGUUCAAAUGGACCCUCGUCGCUGCCAAUAUCGUGCUCUCCAUCUACUCGCUGGCCGGCCUCAUCGCCUGCCUCCUUAUCUGGUUCAACGUCUGGACCCAUGCAGACAUCGUCAGGGUCGGUAACCGCACCGAACUCAUCAUCUCCACCAUCGCUGCCUCCCUGGGCAUCCUCACCUCCUUGAUCGGUUGGUCCGGCAUCAUGCUCAACAAUCGCUCCUUCCUCGCCAUCUACUGUUUCCUUCUCUGGAUUUGCUUCGCGCUACUCGUCACGCCGGGCUACAUUGCGUACAAGAAGAAAACGUUCAACCUCGAGGGCAAGAUCAACGCUCAGUGGUCUCGCAGUCUCGGUGCCGAGGGUCGUUUGAGGAUUCAGAACCAGCUCAGGUGCUGCGGAUACUUUAACCCCUUUGUUGAAGCAACCGCCAGCCAAACAUGCUAUGCACGGAGUGUCCUGCCUGGAUGCAAGGGCCCCUACAUCAAGUUUGAGCGCCAUGUGUUGCAGACCUGGUACACUGUCAUCUUCUCCCUCGUCCCUGCCCAUUUGAUCAUCAUGGUCGUCGGCCUGCUCUGCUCGAAUCACGUCACGUACAGGUUCGGCAAGGGCAUGAUGCCCAAGGCGUACCGUCUCAACUUGAACAGUAUGGCCGUUAUCAUGGACAAUUAUGCAAACCAAUUGGCCGAACAAUACGGGAACGACGUCGCUUCAGAAGUCAUUGCACGUUCUCGUUCCAAUUUGCAACUCGAUACCAUGCCGACCAUGCCCUACCGUGAAGCAACCAGCACUUCGUCCACCUAUGGUGGUAGCAAGUACGAUACUCUGUCUGCCAGAGCACCGGAAGGCCAUUGAUCGAUUUAUCCUCUUCGUACUCGGAUCCUCUCUGCAGCAUGGACCUUGACUACACUAGUCGUUCGUUCGUUAGAGACAUUUACAUAUACCCUUGUAUCCUCCGUCUUUCUCCUCGUUUACUCUUCUCAUUGGUGGUGUCGAGUACGAGCUGUGAAGGAUACGAAUGGACACUUUUCUUUUCCUAUUGUACGACAGGGACACAUCCUACCUAAUUCAUCCGCGCUCAUGCAUUGAUAUGUGACAAACACUUGUUACCUUGUAUUUCAUGGGAUAAACCGUCACCUGGUCAACAGAUGUGAGGCUUAUAUGCCUUUGGCAAAACAAUUCAGAAGAGGGUUAUGCUACCUAUUUCU